CUUAAAGAAAGCUUCGACCAGUUCCGCCCAGCUCUUCACCCCUUGCCAUGGCUCUGGCAGCCUCGCUGUCGCGGAUCGCCGCCGCGGGCGACGAGGAUGGGCGGCUGCGCAAUCCGCUGGCGGGUCUCUUCCGCGGGCUUGAGCCGAAGCCUCUGAACGAGGUCGUCGAAUCCAUCCGACACUUAGUCUCCUUGGAUUUGGACACCUCGGUGCAGAGAGCCAGGAAGAGGGCUGAAGAACUCGAGGGUGACUUCCCACAACUCUCCGAAGAUGAGAGGGCCAUGCUGACUCUCUACAGUAUUGAGAUGUACCCACCCGAGGAGUCCAUCUACCACGGCAUGAACAAAGCGCUGCGCGCGCAAAACCGCGCCGAGGUUAGGCCAUGGAGAGAUGCCAUUUGGCUACUGCUGACGGCCAUGCGCAAGCUCCCGCGUGUGGCAGAGAGGACGGUGCAGCGGGCCGUGAAGAUCGACAAAAGUCUCUUGGGAAAGCAGUGCACCAAAAACGCUCGCUUUUUGUGGGCUGCGUUUAGCAGCACCACAACUCACGUCGAGUCUUUGCACACAUUCCUCGGAACGGAGGGCCCUCGGACCAAGUGGCUGUUGCACUUGCGUCCCAAUUUCCAUGCGGUGAGCAUCAAGGAGUUCUCGCUCUUCCCCGGCGAGUAUGAGAUCCUGCUGCCACCAAAUAUGGAGUUUAAGGUGAAGUCCAUUCUCGAUUGUGGCCAUGGGCUCACGGAAGUCCAAUGUGAGCAACUGGAAGAGGAUGACCCGCUGAUGGAUUUCUACGAGGCUUUGCCACGUCACCAGGCUUUGCCGGAUGUGGAGGUCCCAGUGCCAAGAGCACCUGCAGAGGUUCCUCCUCCACCGCCGAAAGUACCUGCGGAGGUCCCGCCGGCGCCGAAGCCAGACGAGGUGCCACCAGCGCCGAAGCCGGAACCAGAGGACUGGCGCUCAGCGGAGGAGGACGAAGCUCUCGUCAGCCUGCCCGAAGAAGAGAAGAUGAAAGACGAGUUCCGGAACGCGCGCAUUGCGAAGAAGGUGAACGGCAAGAUGUGCCACGGAGUGGUCCAAGACAUUGAGGUGGGCCAAGUCUCUCAAGAACGUCUAUAUUUCAUCAAGUACGACGACGGGGAUUAUGAGCAUUUGACUUCUCAGCAGCUCCGUGAAGUGGAGGUGAAGAAGCAUCCCAAGAAACCACGUGGAGGAGGCAAGCCGAAGAAACCGGAGAAGGAGAAUGACCAGAAGGCUCCACAGGAGAAGGCCGACGACCUCAGCUCCGUCGCACCAGCGCCGAAGAAGCCCAAAAUGGAGGUCGAUUGGUGGGCCUUGGGACAGAACGGUGGUGGCGACGUGGGCGGCCGCUCCUACACCGCCCAGGAGUGCUUUGAAGAAUGCCUGGAAAGCGAGGAGAAGAAGGCCGAUGCCUGGAAUGCCCUGGGUGCUUUGGGUGGUGGAACCUUCAAGGGUCUUCCCUACACUGCGACCGAAUGCUAUCAGCAGGCGUUGGAAGCUGAUGGAGCCCAUGCAGUUGCUUGGAGUAACCUGGGAGAUGAGGGUGGUGGCAAGGUCAAGGGUGUUUCCUGUGACCCGAAGAAGUGCUACAAGAAUUCCCUGGAACUCGAUGAGAAGCGGGCCACUGUGUGGCACAGCUUUGGUCUUCAGGGCGGCGGCAAAGUCAAGGGCUCGUCGCAUGAUGCGAAGAGGUGUUACCGAAAAUCCCUGGAGCUCUGUUCGGAGCGAGCCGAUGUGUGGAACGCCCUCGGAAACGAGGAGGGUGGUACAGUGAAGGGCAAAAUCUAUAGCGCAAAGGAUUGCUACCAGAAAGCCCUCGAGAUCGAUCAAGGAUGUUCUGCUGCUUGGUACAAUUUGGGGGAGGCUGAUGGUGGCAAGGUGAAGGGUGCUGACUAUACGAAGAAGAUGUGCUUUCAAAGGUGUCUGGAGAUUGAUGAAAAGGAUGCGGAGUCUUGGUACAAACUAGGUGCUGAAGGUGGAGGUGAGAUUCAGGGGCACGUUCGCAAUCAGAUCUAUUGCUACCUACGGGCCCUUGAGCUGGAUGACCAGCAUGCUGAUGCUUGGACUGGCCUUGGAGAUCAGGGCGGUGGUUUUGUGAAGGAAGAACACUACAAUAAGAAGGAUUGCUUUCAGAGAGCUCUUGAAGCUGAUGAAGACCAUGCCGGUGCUUGGUACAACCUUGGACUGGAAGGCGGUGGCUUCGUCCAAGGUGGCUUCUAUGAUAGCAAGAGGUGCUACCGCAGAUGCCUUGAGAAUGAGGAUCACGCCCAUGCCUGGUAUGCUUUUGGUACUGAAGGUGGUGGCCGGAUUAACGGCUCUAGCUAUAACAAAAAGGCAUGCUAUCGCAAAUGUUUGGAGCUGGAUCAGAAGCACACUGCUGCAUGGAAAGCCUUGGCCAGAGAAGGAGGUGGCAAGAUUGGCACCAAGUGGCACAGCGCGGACACCUGCAACAAGAGAGCUGACGAUAUUGAUUGAAUUGUUUAUUGAGACUGGAAGGCGGGCAGCGGACAGAGACCAUGAAAAGACCCGCAAAAACUGACUAGUUGCCUUGAGUAUCUUUGAGUCUGUUGUUAGCUGGCAGAAGGGUUCCAUCAUAAAUCAUGCCUACUUUUGUAGAGCAGCGUGAUCUCCCAUGAUUGUAGAAAUGGAUCCCAUGUUCUUAACUUGGUGUUUUCUUCUUCACUGGGUCUUGGUAUAGCUGCUUGACCUUCGGAAAGAG